AUGACCAAGUUCGCAGAACUUCAAAUAAUGAACCAAAUGACCAAGUUCGCAGAACUUCAAAUAAUGAACCAAAUGACCAAGUGCGAAGAACUUCAUUUAAUGAUCAAAGUGGCCAAGUGCGAAGAACUUCGUUUAAUGAUCAAAGUGACCAAGUGCAAAGAACUUCGUUUAAUGAUCAAGAUCAAAGUGAUCAAGUGUGAAGAACUUCGACUAAUGAUCAAGAUCAAAGUGACCAAGUGCAAAGAACUUUAUUUAAUGAUCAAGAUCAAAGUGACCAAGUGCGAAGAGCUUCAUUUAAUGAUCAAGAUCAAAGUGACCAAGUGUGAAGAACUUCGUUUAAUGAUCAAAGUGACCAAGUGCGAAGAACUUCAUUUAAUAAUCAAAGUGACCAAUUGCGAAGAACUUCAUUUAAUGAUCAAAGUGACCAAGUGCGAAGAACUUCGUUUAAUGAUCAAAGUGACUAAUGACCAAGUGCGAAAAACUUCGAUUAAUAGUCAAAGUGAUCAAAAUGUUCAAGAUGACCAAGUGCGAAGAAUUUCAACUAAUGAUAAAAAUGACAAAGUGCGAAGAACUGUGCAACCAAUAAAUGAUCAAAUGCAAAUAGUUUCACAACAAAUAGUGGAAAUAGAUGAUGAUGAGGCAUCGGUAAAUAAUUCUGGUUUCCUUGAAGAGUUAUUGCCCUCAAAUUCUAGAGUUGGAGGUUUGGCAUCAACACAAUUUCAUAUACAGCAAUAG